AUGAAGUGUCUGUAUAUACAAAAUCACAUUCAGAGCAUCUUAACCAACACCAAGUUAUUUUUUUAUGAAGAUUUGGAAGGGUUGAAGCAGUUGCAGGCCCUUCAUGAGCAGAUAGUGAAAGAAGCCAAGGAGUUGAAAGAAGAAGUAGUUGAUGCUUCCAUGAGCCAUCAUGCUUCUGCUGUAAAAGAACUUAAGGGUGUUUCUCAGCAGUAUCAUUCGCUGAAGUCGCAAUACACAGAGAAAGUUUCUCAGUUGGAGAUGGCCUAUUUAAUCAAGGAUGUUAGCAUUAAGUUGCUGGAGGAGGAGUUGGCUAUGGAAAAACUCCUGAUGUUGUAG